AUGCCUUCCGCCCUUCACGGAUCAAUUAAAUCUCUGCUUGACCUGAUCCAGAUUGACACAUUCAACGAUACGGCGGCAUCUCAAAUCCGGUCCUGCGGCUGUACUGCCUUGAUCGAUCUGAUCGUGACAGGCUUCAUUUUCAAUCUAUCGAGCCUAUCGCGGCUUUCUCGUCAGACGACCGAUCUUUUCAGUUGCCUGAAGGCAAUUGCGGCAUCUUCCCAAGCCACCGAUGACGUGGUGGCAGACCUUGUCAAGCUGGACAGUCGAGCUGGACAGAUGAGUCCGAAACAUGAGAUCCAAAAGUUCGGACAGCUGGACAUCGGAAGAUACGACUGA